GCGGCCGAGCCGGCCGCUCCCGACGCGGAGCCCGCGGGGGAAGAGUGCAGCUGGGCCGGCCUCUUCUCCUUCCAAGACUUGCGGGCUGUGCACCAGCAGCUGUGCUCGGUGAACUCGGAGCUGGAGCCCUACCUGCCUGCCUUCCCCGAGGAGCCCUCGGGCAUGUGGACGGUGCUGUUCGGCGCCCCGGAGCUAUCCGAGCAGGAGAUGGACGCUCUCUGCUACAAACUGCAAGUUUACCUGGUCCACAGCUUGGAUACCUGCGGCUGGAAGAUCCUUUCGCAGGUGCUCUUCACCGAGACUGACGACCCCGAAGAGUAUUACGAGAGCCUGAGUGAGCUGCGACAGAAGGGGUACGAGGAGGUGCUGCAGCGGGCCCGCAGGCGAAUCCAGGAGCUUCUGGAAAAACAUAAGAACACGGAAAGCAUGAUAGAGCUGCUUGAACUGUAUCAAAUGGAAGAUGAAGCCUACAGUAGCCUUGCAGAAGCUACCAUGGAGCUCUACCAGUACUUACUACAGCCAUUCCGAGAUAUGAGGGAACUUGCGAUGCUUAGAAGACAGCAGAUAAAGAUCUCGAUAGAGAAUGACUACCUAGGCCCCAGAAGAAUUGAGAGUCUGCAAAAAGAAGAUGCUGAUUGGCAGAGAAAAGCCCACAUGGCUGUGCUUUCUAUUCAAGAUCUUACAGUUAAAUACUUUGAAAUAACAGCUAAAACACAGAAAGCUGUGUAUGAUCGAAUGCGAGCAGACCAGAAAAAAUUUGGUAAGGCAGCAUGGGCAGCAGCAGUGGAACGUAUGGAAAAGCUUCAGUAUGCAGUUUCUAAGGAGACUUUGCAGUUGAUGCGUGCUAAAGAAAUCUGUUUGGAGCAGAAGAAACAUGCGCUGAAAGAGGAGAUGCAGAGCCUGAAAGGUGGUACAGAAGCCAUAGCCCAUUUGGACCAGUUAGAAGCUGAUUAUUAUGAUCUACAGCUUCAAUUAUAUGAAGUGCAGUUUGAGAUCUUGAAAUGUGAAGAGCUGCUGCUGACAGCACAACUUGAAAGCAUCAGAAGACUGAUGUCAGAGAAGAGAGAUGAAGUGGUAUAUUAUGACACUUACGAAAGUAUGGAAGCCAUGCUUGAAAAAGAGGAUAUGGCAACAUCUAUACAGUUGCAAAAAGAGGAGCUGCAAAAGUUACAACAAAAAAUCCGCCAGCUGGAAGCAAGGCGUGGACGUAUUUCAGCCAAGAAAGCCUACCUCAGAAAUAAGAAGGAGAUCUGUAUUGCAAAGCAUAAUGAAAAGAUCCAGCAGCGUCACCAGAGUGAGGAUGAAUAUAAAAUGCACCAUACUGUUCAGCUAAAGCGAGAUCAAUUACAAGAUGAAGAGGAAAGAAAGAGCUCCUGGGUUAGUCAGGAACGACAGAAAACACUGGACAGACUUCGCACAUUUAAACAGCGGUACCCUGGGCAAGUAAUACUUAAAUCAACCAGACUACGGCUGACUCACGCCAGAAGAAAAUGUGCAGCCAGCUCAGCGUCCUGUGUCAAUCAGCCUCAAUCUUUGCCAGCAACCAUACAAAUUCAAGAGAAAAGUGAAGAGGUAGAAUUGGAAAAUGCAGUUCAGCCUUUGAAAGUGCAGGAAUCCACAAGCUUAGAACAACUUCAAGAUAUCUCGUUACCUCCCAAUGGUGUUACCUCUGAACUGCCUCAUGUUAGUACUUCUUCACUCAGCAGUAAUGAGCUUCAACCGGAGGCUGUUACUGUAGUACCGCUUCCACCCCCUUUGCCUCCACCACUUCCACCUCCACCUCCACCUUUGCCCUCCAAGGAAGAUGCCACCAAAUCCUUAGAGAAAAGCGACAGCUUUGUUAAACGUCAGAGUGAGGAGAAGGGAGUCCAGCACUCUUCCGGUAUCCCGCCAGCACAUCUGUUUGACAGCAGUCAGUUAGUCAGUGCCAAGAAGAAGCUUAAGAAGACUGGUGAUCUAGAGGGUUUACAGAGGAGGAAAGUGAGUUCCCCGAUGGAUGAAGUGCUGGCUUCCUUGAAACGUGGCAGCUUUCACUUAAGGAAAGUUGAGCAGAGAAGUCUCCCUCCUUUUCCUGAUGAAGAUGAUAGCAAUAACAUCUUGGCACAGAUCAGGAAAGGGGUGAAACUGAAGAAAGUGCAGAAAGAUGUUCUGAGAGAAUCAUUUACAAUUCUGCCUGAUACUGACCCUCUGACAAGGAGCAUCCAUGAAGCAUUGCGACGAAUUAAGGAAGCAUCACCUGAAUCGGAGGAUGAAGAGGAGAGUUUGCCUUGCACAGACUGGGAAAAUUAACCUGUA